GAGAAGAAACGGGAGAGAAAGAGAAAGAAUGGAUUCAUCCAAAUCAUCUACAUCACAAAGCACAGAGAGAGGAUGCUUCUCUUCCCAAGUGUUCUUAUGGACCAUUACUGGGGUCUCCAUCCUGCUACUGAGUGCCUGUUUUAUCACCAGAUGUGUUGUGACAUAUCACAUCUUUCAAUUCUGCAAUGAGAAAAAGUUCCAGCCACCUGAAGAUUUCAUGGAGUUCUCCUGUAAUAACGAUGGAUCAGGUUCAGUCAAGAAUUGCUGUCCAUUGAAAUGGGUACAUUUUCAGUCCAGCUGCUACUUUUUUUCUACUGACACCAUGACCUGGACAGCAAGUUUAAAAAACUGCUCGAGCAUGGGAGCUCAUCUGGUAGUUAUCAACACGCAGGAGGAGCAGGAAUUCCUUUACCAUACGAAACCUAAAAGGAAAGAGUUUUAUAUUGGACUGACGGACCAGGUGACUGAGGGUCAGUGGCAAUGGGUAGAUGGUACACCUUUCACAAAGUCCCUGAGCUUCUGGGAUAUAGGGGAGCCCAACAACAUAGUUACAGUGGAGGACUGCGCCACCAUAAGAGACUCUUCAAAUCCAAGGCAAAAUUGGAAUGAUGUGCCCUGUUUCUUCAAUAUGCUUCGGAUUUGCGAAAUGCCAGAAAGAAAUAGUUGA